GCGAGCUUACUGAAGGAGAAAACGUUGCUGCGUUGUAGAAAAUUGAUAUGAUGUAAAGGCUUAUUACAUUAUAAUUAAAAAAAAUUGCGUACGUACAAUGUGCUUGGAGAACCUGUGAGAAGAGUUUUUUAAAAUUAUUAUUUCUUAACACCCCUGAACUGGAAUGAUGAGACAAGAAGGACAAAGCCGAGGAUUACAGGGUUGUUGGGUUGCCGUCAGCGUAUCUUUGAUGCUGGGCUGCUUUCCGAUGGUUUCAGCCCAGAUAAAAUAUUCAAUUCCAGAGGAAGUAAAAGUAGGAUCUGUCGUUGGAAACAUCGCAAAGGAUCUCGGGCUGGACGUCAACACCCUGGGAGAAAGACGAUUUCGCAUUGUUUCGGGAAUAAGAGACGGUCAGUUCGACGUCAACCAGAACAAUGGCGUAAUGUAUGUGCACCAGAAUAUAGACAGAGAAACUCUUUGUGAAAACAUUUCGCCUUGUUUGAUGAAUUUAAAAUUAGUAGCUGAGAAUCCCAUGGAAAUACAUUAUGUCGCAAUCGAGAUUUCGGACAUAAACGAUAAUGCGCCAACUUUUCAAGAGAAUGAAAAGAAAAUUGAAAUUGCUGAGUCUACUCAGGCAGGCAGACGUUUCCAGUUACCAACUGCUCGCGAUCCAGAUGUUGCUGUUAACACUAUACGUGUGUAUAAAUUAAGUCAAAAUGAACAUUUCAGUUUACAAAUUCGAGAGAGAGGAGAUGACAAAGUACCACAUUUAGUUUUGCAAAAACCUCUUGAUAGAGAAAAACAUAAUGAACACAAAUUGAUCCUGACAGCAUUAGACGGUGGGAAUCCUCCAAGAUCAGGAACUCUAAACGUCACAAUAACUGUCCUCGAUUCAAACGAUAAUCAUCCCGUCUUCACGCAAGAGGUAUACUCAGUAAUAUUACCAGAAAAUGUAAAACGGGAUACGAGGGUAAUUACUGUAAAUGCUACUGAUCUGGAUAUUGGUUUAAAUGCAGAAGUUGAAUAUUUUUUCGGUGGUGAACAUGACCCUCAAAUACAUGAAACGUUUAGCUUGGACAAAGUCAGUGGUGAAAUCAGAGUAAAAGGAGUAAUAGAUUUUGAAAAAUAUGAAGUUUAUAAAUUAGAAAUACAUGCAGAUGACAAAGGGACGCCUCCUUUGGGUGCGGAUUGUACCGUCCUCAUCAAAGUGCUGGACGAAAAUGAUAACAAACCUGAAAUUGAAGUCACAUCUCUUUCUAAGCAGGUUUCAGAGAGCUCCAGACCUGGCGCUGUAGUUUCUUUAAUCAGUGUCACAGACCAGGAUUCAGGUUUAAACGGUAAAGUCAUUUGUAACCUUUCUGACAACCUGCCGUUUGAUUUAAAACCAUCGUUUCAGGAUAACAUGUACUCUUUAGUUUUAAAACAACAUUUGGAUCGAGAGUCAGUUUCGCAUUAUGACAUCACCAUAACAGCUACUGACAGUGGUCAGCCUCCUCUAUCUACAUUUAAAACUCUGAGUAUUGACGUGUCAGAUACAAAUGAUAAUGCACCGCAAUUUCUAUAUAAUCCAAUUGAACUUUAUCUGACAGAAAACAACGUCCCGGGAAACCCAAUAUAUUCUGUGUCUGCUUCUGAUAACGAUCUGGACGAAAAUUCAGCUGUAAGUUAUCAUUUAGUUAGAGAAGAAGGAAGCCAAUCGAAAAUUAUUGCAUUUUUAAACGUCAACUCGGAAAACGGACAAGUAUCUGCGCUCAAAGGUUUCGACUUUGAAACUCUGAAAACUUUCCAGUUCCAAGUUGUCGCCACUGAUUCUGGGACUCCGUCACUCAGCAGCAACGUCACAGUGAACGUGUUCAUUCUGGAUCAGAACGACAACGCUCCAGUCAUCCUGUAUCCACACAGCUCCAAUGGUUCUGCUGAAGGUGUGGAGGAGAUUCCACGCAACGUGAACGCAGGACACUUGGUGACUAAAGUCAGAGCCUAUGACGCUGAUAUAGGAUAUAAUGGCUGGUUGCUGUUUUCACUGCAGGAAGUUACUGACCACAGUCUGUUUGGUUUGGACCGCUACACUGGACAGAUCAGAACACUUCGUUCAUUCACAGAGACAGACGAGGCUGAACAUAAACUGGUCAUAAUGGUCAAAGAUAAUGGCAACGUUUCACUAUCAGCAACAGCUACUGUGAUUGUUAAACUGGUGGAGCCAAAAGAAGCUUUUGCAGCUUCUGAUGUUAAAAGUGCAGCAACGGAGAAUGAAGAUGAUCAUGUGACUUUUUACCUGAUGAUCACUUUGGGAGCCGUUUCUGUUUUGUUUAUCAUCAGUAUCAUCGUCCUAAUUGCUAUGCAGUGCUCCAAAUCCACAGACUAUACUUCUAAAUAUCUCCAAGAGACUAAUUAUGAUGGGACACUUUGUCACAGCAUCCAGUACAGAUCUGGAGACAAACGCUACAUGUUAGUUGGACCCAGAAUGAGUAUUGGAUCUACUAUAGUGCCUGGAAGUCAUGCAAAUACACUAGUGCUACCUGACAGGAGGAGGGAAUCUGAAGAGGUAAGAAAAAAAAUAUAG